AUGAGCUCGCUGUUCUGGAGCCGUCCUGGUGCGACGCAGCCAAUUCUGCUCAAUGAACAAGCCAUUGUCGACAACCUUUGUGAAGAUAACGUGAAAACGAUAUGGUCUAGCAGAAGGACAUGGAAGGACGAACAACAAUACUUAGUCCAUGGUCAGGGCGUUGCUGGCAUCACUCACCCGUGCCCGCUGGUCGUCAAGAAGUUCGAGAAAAUGAACUCAACACCACAAGUAGAUGAAAAUUUCAUGUACCGCUACAGGUCAGAGAUGAUCAUGUUAGCCAGCAAUCCUCACGAUAAUAUCAUCAAAGUCAUAGAGCUCAUCGAGAGAGAAGAUGCGAUCAUGCUCGUUUACGAGUAUCCGGUGAAUGGCAGCCUUAAAUCCUGGCUGCACCAACCGAUGGAUGCCCGUGAGCCGCUGUGCUGGCCGCAGAGGAGGCUCAUCGCCAUUGGCACGGCCAACGGGCUCCGCCACUUGCAGCACGGAUGCAAUAAGCCAAUUAUCCACCACAACAUCAGCUCUGACAACAUCUUGCUUGAUCAGAAUCGCAAGGCCGUGAUAACCAAUUUUGAUGAUGCAUGGAUGAACAUGGCCGGACUCGGGCAACCGUUGCCAAUCAUGGGAGUGCUUCCUGGGAACUUUUGGUACGCAGCUCCAGAAUAUGGGAACACGGCAAGCCAGAUGACGGAGAAGGUAGACACUUAUAGCUUUGGUGUGAUCUUGCUAGAGCUCGUGACGGGGCGGCUGGCCAAUGAAGCUGGAGGGGAUGGUAAUCUGGCAAUUUGGGCGCACAAAUUCACUGAGCUUAUGGGAAAACAACUGGUGAAUUUCGAGAGUGCCGUGGACAAGCGCAUCCCAGAUCAAGCGCGGUACAUGGACGACAUGGCAAUUGUAUUCAGGCUGGGCGUCGAUUGCACCGUUGUGGAUCCACAGCAAAGGCCGUCCAUGCAUAUGGCUCUCAAACGACUCCGCCGCGGCCAUGGGUGUGGCCCAUUCCGUGGCCUCCUCACUCGGCUGUGA